AUGAUUAAUAAAGUGUAUAAGUAUUCCUUUGUGGCGACAAGGAGUAGGAAGGGCAAGGACAUUUUCAACCCCUUUUUCGUUGCCCUGAAUAAGACCAGAAUCUAUGAUCACAUACUGAAGCAUAACAGCCGCUACUGGAUGUUCGUUGUGACGGGCGGCUGCAUAACGUCCUACUUUUGGGGGGUGUGGUUUAACAACUUCUGGAAGACGAUAAACAAGGGGAAACUCUACAUCGACUGCCCGUAUACCUACCCGGAGGAAGACUGA